CGGAUUUCCACAUGAUUGCUCGGGAAGCGGGAGACUGGCUGGGGACAGGCAAAAUGUUGAGUUUGGGGAGCGGAGGAGCGAAAUCUACCAAACCGUCAUUUGUAUCUUAUGUUACACCGGAGUGAGGAGGGAGAGAGCACAGGGCAUCACAUUAGAUGUCAUGGGAUGUGUCAUGACCCCCAAUGCACAAUGUGUAUCCUUAUUGUUCACUAAUGAAAGCAUAAUGGAAAACAAUUGUUGGACUCUAAAUAGGAAGGGGAAAUCAAAUUGGAAAAAGAAACACCAAAGAAAGAGAUACAUCCUGAUUUGUUACCAGGAGAAGUGGUGUUCUGCAGUGCCAGCCCUAUUCUCAAAUACACUCAAGAUGACCUCUCCCAGCGUGGCGUCUUUGGCACGUUGUUCUGUACCAAUUUUCGUGUUACAUUCAUUAUUGAUGAGAUGUCGCAGGAGGAGACUGCCAAGAAUUUUAAGAACAAACUCUAUGGAGAAAAUGACAUUCCAUUAAUGUGUGUGGACCAUAUCUAUGGUGUGUAUGAUGAAAAGAGGAAGCUGAUAACAGGAGGCCUUGUGAAGAACAAAUGUCCGUCCAAAAUAAUCAUCCACUGUAAAGAUCUGCGUGUUUUGCAGUUCAGUCUAACAUUCACCAAGGAGGAAGAUGCCAAAAGGAUCUUUCAAGGCAUUGCACACCAUUGUUUGGAGGAGAAAUCUCUGAAGUGUGUCUUUGCUUUUUCCUAUACGGGCGCAACAAGCCCAGGCAUGCAGAGGAAACAGGAGACUAUUCUUUUUGACUCACCAGAGGACUGGUCCCAGGAGAUGAAACGGACAAAAGCAAAAUGUAGAUUAGUCACUGAAAAUGAGAACUUUGAACUAUCUCAGAGGUUACCAAAGUACUUUGUUAUCCCACAAGCACUAGAGGAUUUAUUCAGCUACCAAGGAAAUGGAUUACCAAUGUGGUGUUGGUCUCAUCACAGUGGUUGUGCUCUGUUUAAAGCGUCUUUCCUGCCUGUGACACAGGAAGACGGGGAUUUACCCAAGCACUUGGACAUAAUGAUAAAUGCUGUUGCGCAUAAUUACCUGUACUCUGUAAAAACAGAGGACCUCUCCGAAUCACUUCCUACCAUCCAAGACAUCCAGCAGUCAUACAACAAGUUCAAACAGUUCUUUCUUAUUGAUAAUUCAACAGAAUUUUGGCUAUCAGAUGUGAAAUGGUUCUCGUCCCUCGAGAGUUCAGGUUGGCUUGACAUUAUCAGACAAUGUCUCCAGAAAGCUGUAGAGGUGGUUGAAUGUCUUGAAAAAGACAACACAAAUGUCCUUAUAACAGAGGAAGAGGGAACAGAUCUGUGCUGUGUGAUCUCCAGCCUGGCUCAGUUAAUGCUGGACCCUUAUUACAGAACGCUGAUGGGUUUCCAGAGUCUGGUGCAGAAGGAGUGGGUGGCUGGUUGCCAUGCCUUCCUGGAUCGAUGUAAUCACCUCCAUCAGAAAGACAAAGAGUGUCAGUCUCCAGUUUUCCUGCUGUUCUUGGAGUGCGUAUGGCAGCUUGUUCAGCAGCACAGCCCGGCUUUCCAGUUCUCAGAGACUUACCUGACUGUGCUGUCUGACAGUGUUCAUGUGCCAAUCUUCAGCACCUUCCUGUUCAACUCUGCCCAUCAUAGGGAAAGUAUUAUAAAGGCAGAGUCACCGAUUGCACAAAGCGGCUCAUUGAUCUGCCCUACCGUGUGGGACUGGUCUGUGCAGUAUGACAGCAAGGCCCAGAACUACUUCUUUAACCCCUUGUAUUCGGAGAAGGUGAAACCCGAGAGAACUAUACGCAAAACUCACAAGCCCAAGCAUCAAAGACAGUUAUCCUUACCCAGCUCUGCCUUCAAAACACCACCAAAGAAAGGUUUCUUUAAAGAUGAGACUGAAAGCCUUAAAAAGAUUCUGCGAGUUAAACGUAUCAGUCGCUGGAUGGGGUCUCCUGACUCCCCCGCGGUGGCCUCCAGAGAGUUCUAUGAGUCCUGGCAACAACGUCCUCUGGACUAUCACGGCCUCCUUCUCCCCUGUCUGGACGGACCGGCUGUCCGCCUCUGGAUGCAGCGCUACCUGCGCUGGAUACCUGAGGUGCACAUCCUGGGUGGAGGCUCUGUGGCCGUCAUGACCAAGCUUAUGGAACUGCUAGGUCAGGUGCAGGACAUGAAGCAUAUGCUGGAGCAGAGAGACCCAUCACAAGCUGUUAAACUUGAUCAUCAUCCACAGCUUCAGCACAGGCCAGUCUCAUUUGGCUCCUCAGGGCGCAUGUCAUCUUCAUUCCCCUUCACCUACAGCCGAAACCGAUCUUUCAGGCCCAUUAUUCCUACAGGUCUGCUGCAAAUUCUUAUGUUAACUGACAACCUAGCCAACCAAGAGGAUGAGGUAGUUUAGGUUGUGAGUCUGGUUUAACAGGGAAUUCGUAUUAUCUAUAUAUUAAAAAUCCAUUCAUUAAUUAUUUCUGUUAGGUAAAUACAGGAUUAUAGUGGCCUUAACUUGUCAGAUCCAGAUUUUAAAAAUGCAGAUGGCGCAUCAAAAGUGCCUUUGGUGCUAAGCGGGUCCUUUUGGAAAGUAAUAUAGGCCUUUGCCAAACCAAAUGUGUUCUGUGUUAAAAUGAGCCUUAAGACAGGAUGUAAGCUUUUGUCUAUGACAUGGGGGGGUCCAAAACUUAAGAAAACAGGAAGAAUAGAACAAUACAAGAGAUCAGCAGAGUCUCAGAGAUACAGUCCUCUUUUGUAUUAUGUGCACUGUGUGGUUCUUAUUUGGCCAAGGAUAGACUUGGUUUUCUUUUUUUGGUCCUUUCUCUGAAUUGGAUGUUGUAACUGGUAGAUUUGACACUGAACAUAAAAUACAUAAUAAAUACCUAGAAACAAAUUAAAUCAAAGCUGUAUAUAAAUAUCUUCACGAUUAUUUCACAAGUAUAAGGAUUCAGCUAAUAAACUUAAGAAUUCAUCUAAAGAAUAAUUUAUAUUAGUGUAUAGUAAAAAACAUCCUAAUAGAUUGCAAGAGUUUGCAAAUAUAACUAUUUGAGCAUAAGCUAAUGCCAUACUGUAUAUGCAUUUGCUAUUUUUUUUUUACCACAAAUCAAAAGCACUUCAGUAAAAAAAAAAAAAGAAACUUCUGUCAUUAAUUACUCACCAUCAUACGAAAUGUGUAUGACUGUCUCUCGUGGAACACAGUAGGUGUUGUAGGGUAAAUGUUAGGGACUGAAAGCCUCGGUUCCCCAUAUACUAAUAUUUUAUGGAAAAAGGAGCAGCUUCAGCAUUUUUCAACAGUUCUCCUCUUGUGUUCUACGGAAGUCAUACAUAUUUAUAACAAUAUGAGGGUGAGUAAAUGAUGACAGAAUUGUCAUUUUCGGGUAAACCAUACCUUUAAACAUUCUAUUUUUUACCAUGUGUUGCCAAUUGUUUUUCAGUGUUUAGUUUUUUCUGUCUCAGUAUCUAAUUGAAUGUAAUGAUGUAAGCUCCAGUACUAAGUUGUUAUUUGCUGGGAAAAGUGUAUAGAAAGCAGUUUUCUUCCCAAUUAGUUUUUGUUUAUGCCACCUCCACCCUUGAUUUUGCUCUACUGCUCUCUGCCAGUCAGUCACUGAUACUGUUUCUUGAACAGUCAGAUGUAAAUCUGAAUCUGUUCAGUUCAGCUCUGCUGUAACAUAUUACUGUAUAAUUGAUGUGUAUAUUUCUAUAACUAACUUAGAGUUUAGUCUUGCAAUAUAUGGAAUAUGUCAAUAGGUUUUGUCUUAUUUUGGACCAUUGACUUCAAAAUAUUAAUUUCCACGAAAGAAUAAUAUGAAAUACAUUUAUAACUGCACUUGGGGAAAAAUGCAAUUUGCUCUUUCUAAAAAAUAUAUAAUUCAAAUAAAAGACUAGAUAAAUGCUUUGCUUUAAUGAUUAAUUUGAGUAAAAAUAACGGCUUGCUGCUUGAUGAAGGGCCUGAUCAGUGACUGAACCCUUAAUGAGUUUUUUCAUCAUAUAUAAAGAGAGUUUCAAGUUUAUUAUUUUUUUUUUAGCUGCACCUCCUAGUUGGCUAACAACCUUUUCCCUACUUUUUAGUAUAUCAAAUUACAAAUGUCUUUAUAUUUUUUAUAGAUUUAUUAAUAUACAUUUUUAACAAUAAAAAAAUUAAUGUGUAAAAAAAGUUGAGCAAUAACCCAUAUACAGAAAACGAUAUAGUAAAAUACAAGACAAGCAGAAUAUGGACAUGGACACCUGUUAAAUUUAUGAGCUUUUAAUAAAUAUUUAAUUAAUGGCCCCAACUGAGGUGUUUCAAGUUGAGGGAGCUUCAUGUUUGGGUCUA